ACUUGACCGAUAAAGGGAUUCUUGACACUAUAAAAACAGAGUCGAUCAUGAAGAGAGUCCACCCGGAAAAACAGAGGAAAUGCAGAUUCUCCGAAGAAAACUUCUGCAAAGGAGCUCAUUCAUACAAGGAGUUGGAAGAUGCGGGUAUUGUUCAAAAAAUAUCGUGGAUGCAGGGCAGCCAACCCCUGCAUCUCACCCUCAGUUACUAAAUGAAGGGGAGAUCACACCUGGCAUAACUAGCGAAGAAUAUGUCUCAAGGAGAAAAAGAUUGUUGGAGCUUCUUCCUGAGAACAGUUUAGCCAUCGUUGCAUCUGCUCCUGUAAAGAUGAUGACAGAUGUGGUGCCUUACACUUUUCGACAAGAUGCUGAUUAUUCAUAUCUUACUGGCUGUCAGCAACCUGGUGGCAUAGCAGUUUUAGGUCAUGAGUGUGGCCUAUGCAUGUUCAUGCCGGAAUCACACCCUCAUGAUGUUAUUUGGCAAGGGCAGAUUGCGGGAGUUGACACAGCUUUGGACACAUUCAAAGCUGAAAAAGCAUAUCCAAUGAGUAAAUUAAAAGAGAUUCUUCCUGGCAUGAUGGGAAGAUCCUCCAAAUUGGUUCACAAUGUGAAGACAGCCAUACCAACUUAUAUGGAAAUGGAGGCCUUUCAAAAGGCUGCUUACAGUGGCAAAGUAAAAGAUCUUUCUGUAUACACUCAUGAAUUGCGGUGGGUAAAAUCACCGGCAGAGCUGAAGUUAUUGAGAGAGUCUGCAUCGAUUGCUUGCCAGGCUCUUUUGCAGACAAUGUUUCACUCGAAAACAUAUCCUUAUGAGAGUAUGCUAUCGGCUAAGGUUGAAUAUGAGUGCAAAAUGCGAGGGGCCCAAAGAAUGGCAUUCAACCCUGUGGUUGGUGGUGGCCCUAAUGCUAGCGUCAUACAUUAUUCUCGAAAUGAUCAGAAGGUUAAAGACGGGGACCUUGUUUUGAUGGACAUUGGAUGUGAGUUGCAUGGAUAUCUUAGUGAUCUUACUCGUACAUGGCCACCCUGUGGCUUCUUUUCUGCAGCCCAAAGGGAACUUUAUGAUCUUAUCUUAGAGACAAACAAGGAAUGUGUGAAGCUCUGCAGACCUGGCACAAGCAUUCGACAAAUACACCACUAUUCGGCUGAAAAGCUACUCCAUGGACUCAAGGAGUUAGGAAUUUUGAAAGACAGUCGGAAUAUUUAUCACAGCUACCAUCAGCUGAACCCUACUAAUAUAGGUCACUAUCUAGGAAUGGAUGUUCACGACUGCCAUUCACUUGGGGAUGACCAGCCCUUGAAGCCAGGUGUUGUGAUAACAAUUGAGCCAGGAAUUUACAUCCCAUCUUUCUUUGAUGGUCCAGAGAGGUUUCGAGGGAUUGGAAUAAGGAUUGAGGAUGAGGUCCUUAUCACAGAAACAGGAUAUGAGGUCCUAACUGGGUCGAUGCCAAAAGAAGUUAAGCAUAUCGAGACAUUGCUAAACAACUUCUGCCAUGGAGUAAAUACAGAGAACCAAAACAAUAUGAGAGCUGCAUCCAUUUCAUGAGCUUCUUGCAUUUUCAGGUACAAGAACACGUUGAUGCAUAGGCCAUGGUGGGAAUAAAUAGGAAGCCUUGUGAAACAAAUUUUUGUUGUAUUUUAGCCCCAGGGUGCUCAUUAUUUAUAGGCAAUUUUCCAAUAUAAAUUGUACUCUACAUUCAAUUUAUCAGAACCCUAAUUCUAGCUUUGAAUC